UCUAUUUCUUAAGUUGAAAGACCCAACUCCCUCUAGUAUUUUUAGUUAGAAGAAACAUAAUAAUUAUUUCGAGACAGAAAAAAUAACUAAUUAAAGAAAUGGAGUGAAAAAGCAAUUUUAUUGAGCAAACAUAAUUGCUGGGGAAAAAGGAGAGAAAAUGAAAAAGGCCAAGGCAACUAACUAGCCUAGGAUUUUAAGACUGCAAAGUACAAACAAAAAUAUAAAAUAAAAUACAAAAAACAAAUUGAAGGAAAUCAACUACUAGUAUAUAUACAAGUCUAGUAAACAAACAUCACUCAUUCAUAAGGAGUAAACAACAGAGUGGUUUUGACAUUAGUCCUCUUCUCGUUCAUUUAAAAGGGGAAAAAAAGCAUACAAAAAUUCAAGUGGAUAUGAAGAAGAGUUUGGAGGAAGAAUGGGGAGAGUUGAGAGAAACAUUCAACAGUGGGAAAACCAAUGAACAGUCAUGGAGAAGAUCCCAAUUGAAAGGGCUACUCAAUUUGCUCAAGGAGAAAGAAGAGGACAUUUUUGAAGCACUUGAAAAGGAUUUAGGCAAACACAAAGUUGAGGCUUACAGAGAUGAGGUGGGACCAUUGAUCAAAUCCGUUAAUUACAUCCUCGAAAACUUGAAGCAGUGGAUGUCUAGUAAACAGGCGAAAUUGCCACUUGCUGCAUUCCCAUCUAAGGCUGAGUUGGUGCCAGAACCCCUUGGAGUUGUCCUUGUUCUUUCAUCCUGGAAUUUUCCCUUUGGUUUGUCAUUGGAACCAGUAAUUGGAGCAAUAGCAGCAGGAAAUGCCGUGGUGCUAAAGCCAUCGGAACUGUCUCCAGCUAGCUCAGCGGUGCUGGCUGAUUUAAUCCCGAAGUACUUGGAUAAUAAAGCCAUCAAAGUUAUUGAAGGUGGCUCUUCAGUUGGAGAGCAGCUUUUGGAGUUGAAGUGGGACAAGAUUUUGUUCACAGGGAGUGCAAAAGUGGGACGUAUAGUUAUGUCGGCAGCGGUUAAGCAUCUAACUCCUGUCGUUUUGGAGUUGGGUGGGAAGUGCCCAACAAUUGUUGAUUCCUUUUCCAGUUCAAGAGACAAAGAGAUUGCAUUGAACCGGAUUUUAUCUGCAAAAUUUGGCGCCUGUGCCGGCCAAGCAUGCAUCGGAGUUGACUACAUUAUUACAGAGAAAAAGUAUGCUGCAACUUUGGUAGAACUGCUUAAGAAUACACUCUUAUCAAUGUUUGGAGAAAACCCAAAAGAAACGCGCAAUAUUUCAAGAAUCAUCAAUGAAAAGAAUUUCUUCAGACUAAAGAGCCUGUUAGAUGAACAAUCUGUUAAAGAUUCAAUUGUCCAAGGAGGCUCAUUUGACGAAGCCAACUUAUUUGUUGAGCCAACAAUAUUGUUGGAUCCUCCACUCGACGCCACAAUCAUGACUGAGGAAAUAUUCGGACCUUUGCUUCCAAUUAUUACCGUGGAAAAAAUUGAAGAUAGCAUUCAGUUCAUCAAGUCAAGACCAAAACCAUUAGCUAUUUACGCCUUCACCAAAAAUGAAGCUUUCAAGAAAAGGCUUCAAUCUGAGACCACAUCGGGAAGCAUUGUAUUCAACGACACUAUCAUCCAAGUAAGUUAUAACGUUUACAGUGACUUAGUAUAGAGAUCCAAUUAUUUUUUAUAAAUUUUGUUUUUUUUAAUUACACGUGGAAUGUAACAUUUAAAUGCUUGCUUAAUCGUUUUAUUAUUAUUUUUUUAAUAUAAUGUUACAGUAUGCCGUAGACACUCUUCCGUUUGGUGGGGUGGGAGAAAGCGGUAUGGGGAGAUACCAUGGGAAAUUUUCCUUUGACACAUUCAGCCAUGAGAAAGUUGUUGCAAGGAGAAGUUUUCUGACGGAUUUUUGGUUUAGAUAUCCUCCUUGGACUGAACAAAAGUUGCAGCUCUUUAGGCUUGUUUAUGUUUUUAAUUACCUUGGAAUCGUCCUCAAUUUAUUAGGCCUCAAAAGAUCUUGAAGGUCUUUUUCAUUAAGGUUACUUCGUAUUUGUGUAAUAAGGAGGUGAAAUAUGAAUCUAUUUUUCAUAUAUAGAUUCAGGUUACCAAUGUCAAUGAGAAAAUAUGUAUUUUUAUUAUAUCUAAGGGUGUGAGUACAGAUUAGGUUUUCCAAAACGUGAAUUGGAUUGGACCAUGAAAUGUUAUUUAGUUUGUAAUCGCAACUUGUAAGACGUUUUGCAACUUUGUAGAUGUUAUAUAGUUCUACAUGUAAAUUUAUACACGUCUUAAAGAUCGCAUCAAAACGGGUUUUCAAUCCAUCAAUUUGGCUGACACGAUGUCAUGUAAAAUUGGUUCGGAGGUCAAAAGGUCAGCAAUUGCAAUUAGGGUUGGUCAAUUGGGAGCAAGCGACGUCGUUCAGGAGCUGAUCAUGUUGGAUGAAUUGAGGACCAAGUCACGUGCAUGCAUGCAACCUUCAGCAGCUUUUUUUAAAUUAUCUUAGCUGAAUAUUAAUCUUUACUUACUAUUGAAGUUUAAAUGAUGUAGGGUGGUAAAUUAUGUCAUUAUAUCAUCAAAUCAGUACGAUGAAAUGGAAUUAAGCUUGAUUUUGAUGAUAAUAUCUUCUCUCUUCUUUUCUGUACGUCUCAAUACUCACCCUUCAUCCUUUUCCUUUUUCUGCAAAAACUCUUUUCUCCUUUCGGCUGCCUUCUUUCUCUCUCCUUCUACCU